AUGGCGUCCAUAGCAAAGAAGGAUGCGGUCCAACAGCCGCAUGGUUACGAGUUCGGAGGACCUAUCGGCGCCUUCGGCAUCUCUUUCGGUCUCCCCAUCCUCGUCUACCUCUUCACCUUCAGCUGCAACGACGUGUCGGGCUGCCCUGCUCCUUCCCUCCUGAACCCCUCGACCCUCAAGCUCGACCAACUCAAGCGCGAAGUGGGAUGGCCCGAGGAGGGCAUCUGGGGUCUGGCAGACAACAAGGUCACUGCUGCCGUCUUGGGAUACUACCUGUUCAACGCGCUUCUCUACCGCAUUCUUCCCGCGACUGAGGUCGAUGGCGUUGAGCUUGCCUCCGGUGGCCGCCUCAAGUACAGAUGCAACUACGCAGCUUUCGCUUCCAGCAUGUUCAUCCUGACCGUUUGCCUCGCCGGCACCAUCGCCCAGGGAUCCGAAUUUCCUCUCUGGACUUUCAUCACCGACAACUAUAUUCAAGUUGUCACCGCUAACAUGCUUAUUGCCUACGGCAUUGCGACGUUCGUGUACGUGCGAAGCUUCAGCGUCAAGCAGGGCAAUACGGAGCUUCGCGAGUUGGCUGCAGGUGGGCAUUCUGGCAACCUCAUCUACGACUGGUACAUUGGACGCGAGCUCAACCCCCGUGUUACCAUCCCUCUGCUGGGCGAAAUUGAUAUCAAGGAGUGGCUGGAGAUCCGACCUGGUCUGCUGGGCUGGUCUCUCAUGAACUUUGCGUGGAUGGCUAGACAGCACCGCACUUACGGCUUUGUCACCAACAGCAGCGUCUUCGUCUCUGCCGUCCAGCUGGCGUACGUCAUUGACUGCUGGUGGAACGAGCCCGCGAUCCUGACGACCAUUGACAUCACCACGGACGGCUUCGGCUUCAUGCUGUCCUUUGGCGAUCUCGUCUGGGUCCCCUUCGUCUACUCCCUGCAGACGCGUUACCUGGCCGUAUACCCGGUCUCAAUGAGCCCCCUGGGCAUGGCUGGUACUGUCGGCCUCAUCGGUGUCGCUUUCUCCAUCUUCCGCCUGUCCAACAGCCAGAAGAACGCCUUCCGAAGCAACCCCGAAGACCCAAGUGUCGCCCACCUCAAGUACAUCGAGACCAAGACCGGAAGCCGCCUUCUCGUAUCGGGCUGGUGGGGAGUGGCUCGUCACAUCAACUACCUUGGUGACUGGCUUCAGGCGUGGCCGUACUGCCUGCCCACGGGAAUGGCCGGAUACACAAUCGUCUCGGCUGGCACCGGAUACGCCCAAGCCGGACUUGAGGGAGCCUUCAAGAUGGCUGACGGUCGCGAGGUCAUUCAGGGCGCGGCUCGCGGUAUGGCGAUUCCCAUCACGUACUUUUACAUCGUCUACUUUGCCGUCUUGUUGAUCCACCGCGACCGCCGCGAUGACGAGAAGUGCUCUCGCAAGUAUGGCGAGGACUGGGAGAAGUACAAGAAGAUUGUCCGGUGGAGAAUCCUGCCUGGCAUCUACUGA